UAUUUCUCGAAAUUGGAUGGUUUUAGGCACAUUUUUUGUGUCACCUGACUUAUUAUGCAAUAAGAUGACAUGAUAGGGUUUGUGCCGAAAACUCACCUCCGGUACGUACAAUUUAAGACUCGAUACGCCACUGAUAAGACAGACACCGUUACUGUUAUAGAAAUGUUCCUGGUGCUAGUCGUUGUCCUCUCUUUAGGUCUAGCCCAGGGUGGCACUUGGAGUAAUCCGACCUGUGCCCCGGGCCGCCACACAAUCACGCACCUGUUUGAGUGGAAAUGGAGUGACAUAGCCGCGGAGUGCGAACGCUUCCUAGGUCCCUAUGGUUACUGUGGAGUCCAGAUUUCGCCGCCAAAUGAGAACCGAGUUGUUACCAGUCCAAACAGACCAUGGUGGGAAAGGUAUCAACCCGUGUCUUACAAGCUGACCACCAGAAGCGGUAACGAGGACGACUUCCGGGACAUGGUACAGAGGUGCAAUAAGGUCAAUGUCCGAGUGUACGCCGAUGUGGUGAUCAAUCACAUGACCGGGUCUGGGGGUUCAGGAACAGGCACGGGCGGAUCUCACUGGGACGGAAACAGUCUGAGUUAUCCCGGCGUGCCGUUCUCAUCAUGGGACUUCAACAGUGGCUCUGAAUGUCAAACAGGAGACGGCAACAUCCACAACUACAACGAUCCAAACGAAGUCCGAAACUGUCGAUUGGUCAGCUUGGUGGAUCUAAAGCUUUCCAAAGACUACGUCCGAGACACAGUGGCGGGUUAUUUAAAUCAUCUGAUCAGUCUGGGGGUGGCUGGGUUUAGGGUGGACGCCGCGAAACACAUGUGGCCUGGCGAUCUUCGCUCCGUGUUUGGCAGACUCAAUGGUUUGAACACCGCCUACUUCCCGUCAGGAACCAAGCCCUUUAUCUACCAGGAAGUGAUUGACAUGGGGCACGAGGCUAUACACGCGUCGGAGUACACCGGAUUUGCACGAGUUACAAACUUCAUUUAUGGAAUCAAAUUGGCUGAUGUAUUUAGACACAGAAAUCAAGCGAAAUGGCUGCGUACUUGGGGUCAACAGUGGGGCAUGCCAAACUCAAAUGACGUCGUUGUGUUUAUAGAUAACCAUGACAACCAAAGGGGCCAUGGUGGCGGAGGGGGCGUUUUAACAUUUUUUGAACCACGUGCUUACAAAAUGGCGACAGAGUUUAUGUUGGCGCAUCCUUACGGUUUUACAAGGGUGAUGAGUAGCUAUAAAUGGAACAGAAACAUCCAAGGUGGUGAUGACAUUAAUAACUGGCAAGGCCCUCCUCACAAUGGCGACAUGAGCAUCAAAGGAGCGACAAUUCAAUCCGACAUGUCCUGUGGAAACGGAUGGGUUUGUGAGCAUAGAUGGCGUCAGAUUUACAACAUGGUCGCUUUUCGUAAUGUUGUUAUGGGAACGACGAUGGCAAAUUGGUGGGACAAUGGUGACUACGCCAUCGCUUUCUCCAGAGGAAACAAGGGAUUCAUCGUAAUAAACGCGGGUACAACGGACAUCAAUGUAAACCUUCAAACCGGUCUACCGCAAGGCACAUACUGCGACGUCAUUUCCGGUGAUUACAAUAACGGAGGGUGUACCGGAAACCAAGUGCACGUGGGAGGUGAUGGGCACGCUCAUUUCCAUAUCAGUCACAGCAGCGAUGAUCCUGUUGUGGCAAUUCAUAUAGGCGCCAAAAAGGGAUCGGAGAAGAAAGUAACGACGUAACAUUACAUGCAUUUUCUUUUGUAUUUCAUCAAAUAAACUAGAUAUAUUUCA